AUGCAGCCCAUCAUUGCGACCAAGGGCAAAGCGACCCAUCUGCGGUAUGAGCUGCCCCAGCGCGCGCACGCCAGCGCCGUAUACCCCGUCAAGGCGCCCAACGGCUCGACCAUCAUUCUAUCGGGCAGCGAGCAUGGAGUCGGUAUCCUGUGGAGAGGCGGCCGCCCGCUGAAGCUGUCCGCGCCUGCCCCGAAGGCGCCCGCAAAAGCACCGCCAAAGGUCAAUGGCACCAAGGAUGCCAUCAUGAUCAUCGACUCCGACGACGACUACGAACCGCCAAAGGCUGUAUCACACCCGCCGCUCCCAAAGGCUGAGUUCGACGACGACGAGGAAGAGUUGGAUCCCGACCGCCCCUACCCCUCGAUUGUCCAGCACCUGCGAUUGCCUCUUAAUACAGAGGUACUGCACAUCGCCGUCCCUCAAGUACCGGCGCCCUCGGAGCUGCAGCCUGGCCAGACCAUCCCGCGCGUCUUCAAAGAGAAAAUCGUCUUUGCGGUAGCAUGCACUGACUACACUGUACGCAUCAUAACACUUCCUUUAAGUCCGCCACCAAACGCAGCGAAGGAGCGACCAUCCACUGGCAAAUCCCUGUAUGGUGAAGAGGUUGUCAAGAUCCCUACUUAUGCCGGCCACCAAACCGUUCCAGCUGGCGUGAGCAUGACGUGGACGUCGCAAUCCGAACGAACCAAUGGAGAGGAUCCAGAGGAUGAAAUGGAAGUUGAUCAAGACACCGCUACUGCCCCGCUUCGACGAAGUCCUCGGAAGAAACAAGCCCCAUCCCAGCCUACGGUUUCGAAAGAUACAAAAGGGUUCGAACUUCUGGUUGCGUCGCACUCCCCAGAGCUAGGUGGUCUCUUGAAGAUCUGGCGAUUUGGCCUCACCGACACAUCAGUCAAGGCUACCAACCCCAUCUCCCCGUAUCAAACCGUUACGCUUGCCAAACCCGCUGCGAAGAUAGCCUUCAACACAGCACAUUACCCGAAGAAGCGACAUUCGCAGCUCCUCGUCGCGGACUCGGCUGGCGUUGCACGUAUAUACGAUCCGUUUGCACCCCGCAAACGUAACGGUGUUUCCGGUGCGUUCAUUGCAUUGUUCAGAACUCGAUUCGAGAAUGUCAAAUCCAACGUACCAUAUCCACCCACGCUUGCCUCAAGGAAGCCGAUCAUCGAUGCCGCUUGGGUAUCCGGCGGCCACGGCAUUCUUGCGUUGCUUGCGGACGGUGAGUGGGGCAUAUGGGACGUGCAACAAGAGGGCCCAAAGUCAUCUACCGAUCCGUCUGCUUUUUCUGUCCGGAAUUUCGUUGGCACCUCAGAAUCCGACAAAUCAAGCAGCGGCGCCUCCAGCCCCAAAUCACGCAGUAAUCGCAGUUCACUGGUGCCAAUGACGCCCAACACGCGUCGAAGGACGCAGGAAGUGCUGUUUCAAGGGAACCCAUCUAGCUCGAUACCAACACGAGGUGGCGUUUCGGUCGCUUCUCUCGCGUCUACCAACGGCGACGCAGCGCUGGAAUCAGUCGUCAUAUGGUAUGGCAAGGAAGUCUACCGGCUUAACGACCUUGUCAAAUACAGGGCACGAGCUGCUGCUAGUAACGCCGGUAGUUCACUCCCCGGACCUGGACUGUCCCAGGUGCAAGACAUACCUUUGCUCGGGGAGUCUAUUGUGUCUGUCAGCCAAUUUGACACGACCAAGAAAGAGGCUCAGAUGGCUGUUCCGAGGAGCCUACUUCUGUCAGCCGGAUACCGAUUGAUCAUCUCAACAGUGACUAAUCAAGUGGUUGAUCGAGACGCCAGCACGGCCUCGACGAAAGAGCUGGGGGAAGAAGAGUCUACCCGACGAACUGACCAAGCUCUGCUGGCUCGCGGUGAACUUGGUCUUGAGGGGAUGUCGAGACUGCUGGACAACAUGACUGGAAGCGGGCCUAACAAUAUCCUGACGUUGGGCAACCCACGCAAGGUCUUGUUUGAAGGUCUUUGA